AUGGCCAAGAAGCGGCGCACCAAGAAGAAAAAGGGAACCAGUACACGACAAGACCCCGCCCAGGGCGCUUCGUCCAGCAUGUCCACCACCGACGAGCUCGCGUCGCACUCAAGCGACGGCUUGUCAAGCCGCUUGCGCCAGAGCGAAACCGCCACCGAGAUGACGAGUAUCAUGAGCACCAACGAGGGAUCCCAGGGCCUACACGAGGCCGACGAGGAGUGGAACUCGCAAGACGACGAGGGCAUGGAGGUCGACGACGACGACGACGAUGAUGUCGAAGAAAACGACGACGACAACUUCUCCGUCUUUGCGCCCAGCCAUUACCCCCGACCGAGCGAGUCCCAUCGCACCGAGAUGCCUUACACGACGUCGCCGAACCAUCAGGAUAUGUCGUCCACCCGGUCGUUUAUGGAGCGAGAGUUGGAUUAUCAAUGGGAAAAUGGCCGUCGGUACUGCGGCCCGCAUUACCACCUCCCAAACGACGAGUGGGAAAUGUGCCGCAUGAGCUUGAUUCACCGCGUCUACCUCCACGUCUUUGAUGGUAAGCUGAGCACGGUAUUACUGGAGAAUCCGCAGAGAAUACUGGACGUCGGCACGGGCAUUGGCGAAUGGGCGAUAGGCAUGGCCGAUGAGUUCCCCGACUGUGAGGUCAUUGGCACGGACAUAUCCGCCAUAGCGCCCACGUCAAUACCGAUGAACUGCUUCUUUGAGGUUGACGAUGCUGAGCUCGAGUGGGAGCGCGAGCUCAACUCCUUCGACCUGGUGCACUUCCGCCACAUGAUGGCCGCCUUUACAGACUGGAGUUUCAUCUAUAAGGAGACCUUCAAGGUGCUCCGCCCCGGCGGUUGGAUCGAAAUGCUGGAAUGGGACGACCAGCAAGGUUUCAAGAAAUUCCUUUCGGAGUUUCCCCCGACAUCGGAGAUCCACGAACUGUCGAGGGACCUGACGCUCGCCGGCAUUAAGGCCGGACGGGCCAGGGGCGUUUCGCACAUGAACCCGAAGCUGCUGACGGAUGCCGGCUUUACGGACAUCAAGCUCACGGAGCACAUGAUUCCCAUCAAUAUCGAGGCCAACGAAGGCAAGCUGUGGCUGAUUGUAUGCAUCGACGGGCUGGAAGCCGAGUGCCUCCGACCCCUCACCAAGUACAUGGGUUGGGACCCGGAUCGUGUCAAGACGGCAUGCCACAAUGUGGCCAAGGAGAUGGCGCGUCUGGCGAGAGACCCGGUCAAAUCGCACGGCCUGAUUGUCAAGGCCCGCGUCCUGGUCGGCCGGAAGCCACUGAACGCGGCGACGCCGCCAAGGGUGUACCCGAGGUAUGCAGAGGACGCGGACGAGACGGACGAUACGGCGAGAGAAGACAACCACAGCAGACAUCGAGGCGAUGACGAGGCUCAAGACUCGACGACGUUCAAUACGACAGCUCGAGUAUGA